UUUCAUAGACCAAAACAAUUAAUCGAGAAAGUAAUUGGAAGAUAAAUUGAUAAUGAAAAUAAUUGUUCGUAGCUAACUGUGAUUUUACAAAUAGUGACUGAGAUGAAGUCCUUUCAGUUUUAAUAAUGAAAUAUGGUGAUGAAAUAGGUGUGUGACCAUGUAAUGCCUUCCUGAAGUUGUUUUGUAUUGUUCCAGGAUUGUUCCAGGUCAAAACAGGGGUAUUUUUUUUAAGUAUUUCUGCUUUAGAGUCUCAAUCCGAGUCAGGACUUCAGGGAAUUAAGCAUCAAGUCAGUAAAUCAAGUCUUAAAUCAGUGAAGUCCAAGUCAAGUCUCAAGUUGAUAUUUUGUGACCAACGUCAAGUCUACAGCUUAACAUGUAUUUAUAGAUAAAAGGCAGACACAGCACGAGUGGCAGAGCGAGGACACGAACUUUGACUGCUCGCUUUAUUCACUCCUGAUCACUACUUUAAUCCCUGACUCUCAACAGGUGUCAGCCUCUUGUAAUCAGACUGGUAUUAAGUAUAUUUACAUCUGACUCGUAGUCGGCUACAUUUAGAAAAACGUCGUCCAGCAGGAGUUUGAAAUGUCAUGAAACACUGCCAGCAGUUGUUAAUAAAAUCAAUGAAUUAUUUGAUAUCCUUCCUGUAUUAUUAUCUUUUAAAAAUGACUAUACAGUAAUUUGGAUUUUUAUUGUACUAUUUAUUCUUUAAGACCAGGUGUAAUUGCCUUCCAGUUUUCUUACCUGAGGUAUUAAUCAGACAGUCGCAGUGCUUGUGACCGACAUAUGCCAGAGUGUCUGAACCUGUUAUCUAAUGAUAAUGUAAGUAUACGUGUCUGCCCUGUAAUCAACAUGCAGCCUUCAUUGUUUGUGUGUUGUGUGAUUUUCUUUGACCUCAAAGCAGCCAUCUGUUGUCUUGCCGCUGCCUCGCUGGCUGUCAGUCAGACUAGAAAAGACCAGAGAGGAAUUAAUCAGGCCAAUUACUCCCGUGCUAAGAUCUGGGUGAGCUGUGACGUGUGCUGGAGGUUACUUCUAUCACAGACUCAUGUAACAUCAGGAACAAUAUUUCUGUGAUAGAAAUAAAUAUGGUGAAGAAGUGAGCAAGAUGCCAGAAAGUCAACCUGAAGGCAGCGUGACAGGAAGGGAGGUGUGGUCUUCCAGGAACAAUCCACAAAGCAGAGGGAGGGGUGGAGAGGAGGAGAGAAAAAGGAGGUAGAGACAAUGAAGAAGGGAUAGAAAGAGUUGAGCACACCUCUGGAGUAAAUCUCUCAAUCUGAUCAGCGUGUGAGGCGGACUAACUCACUACAAGUUCUGAGUGGAUACGCAGGCUGCACUCACAGGGACUCAAAGGAUUAUCCCGUUCUUCAGUGACGGAAAGAGAAAGACAACACAACAAAGUAAAGCAAAUUCUCUCACAGGACAAAGAAGUUAAAAUUAAUUUUAAUUAGUUCCUCACAGAUAUGUGAUUAAUUCGUGGAUGGAGAUCUUUGUUAUCGAGCUCUUCAUGUCUCCUUUACAACAACACAGAAGUCAACACAACCUUUUCUCCAACUGGCAUCACACAUUUUGAAGUGAAGCUCUUUAGUCUUCGUGGCUGAACUGUGGAUGGAGAUCAUGAGGAACUCUCAGCCUCUACACAUGUCCACGCUCCUUGUUCCCAUUGUGUUUUCUCUACUUUCACUCUUCCUCUGCCCUGCAUCUGCCAACUCAGGGUCUGACUAUGAUCACGGAGCGCACCCGCGUUUCAUAUGCACCCCUAUUCCCGUGGAUGCAGACCCUGCCUGCUUCCCCACAGCAGGCCCAGGCGUAGGGGCAGCAGGGCCCAGCGGAGCAGGGCAUCAAAGUGUACCUCCUGCUGGCUGGUGGGGGGCGAGUGAAGAGGCCAAAGCCACCAUCCUCCACCUCAGGGAGAGCCUUGUCCAACAGAAAGAGACCAUCCUGGACCAGAGGGAGACCAUUAGAGAGCUGACCGCCAAACUCACCCUGUGCGAGGGCUUCGGACGUGGCGCGAGGCCUCAUGACAACCACCACGGCACGUCGUCGCACUCCCACCACGCAGGAGGAGCGGGCAGUCAUCACACGUACACCGACGGUGGGCACUAUAGCAACCAGCAGGGUCACCAUGGAAACAGCAACCUCAUACCGGACUCACCGCACUACCCCUCAGUGGGGGGGCAACGAUCUGAUGGAGGGCAUAGCAGCAACAACCAUGGGAAGGAUAAACAUGUGACACCAGGGGAGAUAACGUCGUCACCAGAGCAGAUGGAGAGGAUGCUGCAUGCGCUGAAGGAGAGACUGGACAACCUGCAGCAGAAGAGGAACACAUCUAUUACCUACUCCAGCUCUCUGAAGGAGCUGCUGCAGAGGAAGAUCAAUGCUCUCGAGCAGCAGCUGCACCAUCGCACCGCCGCCCUUGGUGGCCCGGAGCAUCACGACGACGACAGCGGCCACCGAGACAACGGGGACCAUCACGAUGACGAUCACCACGGUGACGGGCACCCGAAUGAACAUAAGGAUGACCACAAUGAUCACAGUGACAGUGGAAACCACGCUGACCACCAUGAGGACAGCCACAACGAUGACCAUCAUGAUGGAGACGGAGAUGAUGGAGAUGACGGAGAUGACGACCAUGAUGACCACAACGACCACGACGACCACAAUGACAACCACUAUGAUGAUGAGCACCACAGUAAUGAAGCAGACAGUCACAGUUACCUUCCACACACAGGAUACAGAGCUCCAGGCCCGAGGGCAGGUUUCCACUCAAAUAAACUGGAAACGAUACUCAAUCAGCUGCACCUCUCAGCAGGUUCCAACAGGAAGAAACCCAAAAGUCCCGUCGCCUUCCAGAUUAGUUUCCCCAUGAGAACCAACUACAUGUACGGACGGGUGAAGAGGACUCUGCUUCAGGAGAUCUUCGCUCUGACUUUGUGUCUGUGGAUCAAGGCAGGCGUGGGGCCCGGCCUGGGGACGCCCUUCUCUUACUCCGCACCUGGACAGGCCAACGAGCUAGUGCUCAUUGAGUGGGGCAACAACCCCAUGGAGCUGCUGAUUGACGACAAGGCGGUGACGCUACCUCUAUCUCUGAGUGAUGAGAAGUGGCAUCACGUGUGCGUUACCUGGUCAACACGCGACGGACACUGGGAGGCCUACCAGGACGGGGUGCAGAGGGGGUCCGGGAUCAAUCUUUCCCCCUGGCAUCCCAUCAAACCUGGAGGGGUCUUCGUCCUGGGACAGGAACAGGACACUCUGGGAGGCCGUUUCGAUGCCACGCAGUCCUUCGUGGGCGAGAUGUCAGACCUGCACAUGUGGUCUCAUGUCCUGAGCUCCAGUGACAUCUACAGCCUGGCCUCCUGCGGCAGCCACCUCAGAGGUGAUGUCAUCGCUUGGUCCGACACAGAGGUGGAGCUUCACGGAGGCGUCGCCAGAUACCCCUUUGACACCUGUCACUGAGAGGGGAUAUACUGGAACGCACUGAGACAAUGUAUCAUCCAAUAGAAAGUAAAGACAUUGAAGGAGGUUCAAGGACAAAGUUACUCAGGAUGAUCGUUCAGUGACACCGAAUCUUCCCAACUCAGAAUCAAUGCCUUCCUUUGAACUUAAUCACUUUUUCUUAAAAAAGACAGAAGAAAAAUGUAAAAAUAUGUGAUUAAUGUGUAUAUACAUAGUUAGUUAUGACGUAAUCAUGAGUGAGUGUUUUAUUUUAAACAGACGAGUGCUGUAUGUGACAUAUUGUCAUGUUGUUAAUACUGAAAGGUCUCUGAUCAUGUUAGUAGACCUUUUAAUGGGUUCUGUUGUGGUGAAGUGAGAAACUGUAUGUUGUUAGUUUGAAAUGUGCUCAGAAAAACAUUUCUAAUCCGGAUUCUCUUUUUAAAAGGUUUCCAUGGACAAUACAGCUAAAUAACCAAAGAAAUGAGUAGAAUUAACUUGUGUUACACUUUUUGUAAUUUUAAAUGAUCUAUGUAUCAUAGAUAGAUUGGUGUUUUAUCUCCAGGAGACUUGCUGGAAAGUUUGUUGGACAGAAUUUAGUUUUACAGCCGCUGCUGGUUUUUACAUUUUUAACAUGGACUCAGCAUGAUGUUGUUCCAGCAUUGCAGCUUUAAAAAAACCCAUUUAAUUAUUCAUGUUUUUUAAACUUUUAUAUAUUCUAAAAUGCAUUUGUUUCUUGAACAAAUUGCUGACAUUUAUCGCAUUUUUCCAGUAACAUUUUAUCUUUUUUGAAAUGUAAUGUAAUGUAAUAAAGUCAUUGUGGCUUUUUAAUAUCUUAAAUGAUCUGGCCUUGAUCGUACAUUUAUUAAUGUACUGUAUAUAAAACAGUUUCAGCCAUGUUAGAACUGACAUGUUGUCAUUUAGUUUUUCUUUAAAAAGUGUUAUGAAAAUGUAAAUAAAAACAUGGAAGAUG